AUGAUGUCAGCUGAAAACUUCCGGGUGAGCUUCUCUACUUUUGGAUGGGCAAUGCGAAUGAACAAAUCCUUGUCUGUGAAUCCCUAUUUUGUUUUCCUCGAUCAAUUUCGAAGUAACCUUCAAAGGCGCGGCAUUCACCACCUGAAACCGAUUGACGUGGCCAAAAUUGGUGGCAGAAAGUGGCGAGAAAUGACGCCGGCUCAGAAGUCUGUUUUUAUUGAAAUAGCUCAGAUAAAUCGCUCUAGGAUUAGGAAACGUACACGCCCAAGGCUUCCAGUUGGAGGUGCUAAGAGGUGCCGCAUUAAAAGGACUCACAAGAUGUCCAAAUCGGAUAGUUAAUCCCUGUGGGCCUUUUACAACACUUUGAUUACUGCGUACAGCUGUUUUCUUGGCGUUUAUCCAUACUGGCAUUAUUUGUGGUGUGUACAAAAGAGCAAUUUUACGGAAAUAAAGCA